AUGGAGAACAGUUCUAAGAUAUGUCAGCACUGUACGAACGAUAUAUAUCCUGAUAUAAGAGACAAUGUUCCUCAUGAAAUUGCAGAAACAUCUUUUGGAUUAGGUAUUUUGUUUGGAGUUGCACUGGGCUCAAUACCAUUCCUUCAGUUCAAACCUUUCAAUCUAUACAUCUUAUCUCUAGCAUUAUUUCAUUUUUUGGAAUAUUAUAUCACUGCAAAAUAUAAUCCAAAAAAGGUCAAUAGUCAAUCCUUUCUUUUAAAUAAUGGUAUUGAGUAUACAAUGGCUCAUGUUGUGGCAGUUUUAGAAUUUUUAUUAGAAGGAUACUUUUGUCCCAAAUUGAAAGCUUACAAUUCUUCUAAGUUUUGUCAAGUAUUUACAGUAAUUGGAAUAAUAUCAGUAGUUGUUGGUCAAUUGAUAAGAUCAUUAGCUAUGUACACUGCUGGAAAAUCAUUUUCACAUAAUAUUAAAAUUAAGAAAGAGAAAGAUCAUACGUUGGUAACUCAUGGUGUGUAUUCAUGGCUUAGACAUCCAAGUUAUUUUGGUUUCUAUUUGUGGGCACUUGGAACACAAUUAACAUUAUUAAACCCAAUCACAUUUAUAGGAUUUUGCAUUGUUCUACAUCAAUUCUUUAGUAGAAGAAUAUCCUUUGAAGAACGUCAUUUACUUGAUUUUUUUGGUCAAGAUUAUGUUAAGUAUAAACAAUCAGUUAAGAUAUGGAUUCCAUUUAUGUAA